AUGGAAGCUGCCGCCGAGGACGCCGGCGAGAUUUCGCGUGCGACUGGCUCACCGUCGGCGGAAGUGGCGGACAACCAGUUGGCGACAAAGGGCAGUACCUGUGGUCGCUGUGGUGGUGCCUACUCCCCUUCACAGUGCCAGUUCUCUCAAGCACAAUGCUUCACGUACGCGAAAACUGGGAACCUGGCACGGGUGUGCCGAAAAGGGAGGACGAACAGCAAACAGCAGCAGCAGCCUGGUUCAAGCCCAGAGUACCAGGAAGCCAGUCUGAAUGUUGUGAAACACGUCCUCAGCCUCCUGACCGAGUUCAAGUUCCUGUUCCAGCCAGGGCUUCGCUCAAUGCUGGUCGCCCUGAAGGACGGGGUCGCCCAGGAGCCACAAAGGUUACAGCGAGAGGGCAUCCUGGUGCCCGUCAAGACGUAUGAAUGGGCCGCUAACAUCGUACCAGUCCUCAAGCGAAACGGCAGUGUCAGGAUCUGCGGGGAUCUCAAGGUUACCAUCAACCCCUUUGCUACCGUCGAGAAGUACCGGUUCCCCGGAUUGAAGAUCUCUGGUCAGCGUUGUCCGAUGGACAGAAGUUCUCCAAACUCUGCCUCAGAGAUGCUUACCAGCAGCUGGUGCUCCAGGAUGCCUCCCGGAAAGGGAGACCGCUUCAGGGGCGUGAGGCACGUGGCGGUGUACUUGGAUGACAUACUGGUUACUGGCAGCGACGAAGGCGACCCCCUGCAGAACCUGCACAACGUCCUGGCACGACUGCAGGACGCCGACCUCCAGCUCAAGCUAGAAAACGCCGCUCCCCGCAAAGUUGAUGCCGUGAUCAAGGCGCCUAAGCCCCAGAACAAGAAGGAGCUUCAGAGCUACCUCGGCCUCAUCAACUUCUACAGGAGUUUUCUGCCGAACCUGUCGGAGCAUCUAAGGCUGCUCUAUCUUCUGCUGAGAAAUGGUCAGCAAUGGGUCUGGAAGAAGGAGCAGGAUCGGGCCUUCCAGCGCAGCAAGGAGCUAAUCGCCAAGGCUCCAGUGCUAGUACAUUUCAAUCCUGCUAAGCCUGUCAUCCUGACCGUAGAUGCGUCGGCGUAA